UCAGGGGCUGUUAUUUCUUCUUGCUUCCUCUUAAAACCGGCUAAUUCCCCUUGGUAUGGUCUGUUCUUCGAUAUAUUCUGCGAUUUAUGCUGACGUCUGCUCGUGAACUUUCUUCAUUUCCCGCAGUCCCCCACCAAAGAUGGUUUUGGAUUAUAGUAAAUGGGAUUCCAUCGAACUGUCCGAUGAUUCGGACGUCGAAGUCCAUCCCAAUGUCGACAAGCGCUCGUUCAUCCGGGCAAAGCAAGCUCAGAUCCACCAGCAACGUUAUCAACGCCGCCACGAGAUCCAGACUUUGAAGUACGAGCACAUAAUUAACGAUGGCUUGAUAUCGCGCAUCGAUAAACUGCUUGCAGCACUACGCAAACACGAGGGUUCCACAGGGGAUCCAGGGGAAUUGGUCUUCCAGGUUAUUCUGGACUCUGCAAGUAACCCCGAUGAGGACAGGCCCCCCGCACCACCGGAAGGUGUUUACACCCAUGAAAAAGAACAACCAAAAUACUCGCAAAUGCUUGGUUCUCUCGUGGAUCAAGUCAAAAAGGAAUUUAGUGAGCCUGAGCCGGAAAAUCUCUGGCAGGCUUACAUCAAGGGCGUGCAAGGUCACAAGGACAAGGUGGAGGGGCUCCAGAAGGAAUUGUUGGAGAAGCUUGCCCAGCUUGAGAAGGAGGAACAUAGCAAGAUCACCACUGAUAUGCUACAUACCGGGUUUGACUCGUCGCAUGUGAAUAAAUCUACAGAUAAAGGGAAGGCACCUGCGAAACAGAAGACGGAGAGUGUCGAGUUGCUGAAUCCCUCAGCCGCUAGCCAGAGCGAGAAAUUGCCAGAAGACCUGGAUGAAGACGAUGACAUAAACGCAAGUGAUACUGCAAAGGAAUUUUCGAAGAUCAAACAGGGCGACUACCAGGCGUCGCUCCAAUUCAUCUCGGGGCACCCCGAAAUUGUGAAGGAUAAAGAGUGCGAUGGUCUACUGGCCGAGGCUUUCAGCGCCCAAGCUGAAGGCAAGGAGCAGUAUGCCCGCCAAUGCGUUCACCAAGGCCUACUGUUACGGUACUGCAGUCUUCUCGGCAAAGAUGGGACCUCUCUUUUCUUCAGACGUAUCACUACUCCAGGCCAUCAAUCAAUAACUACCUUCCUAAACGACGUCAAUGAAACAUACCAUAGAAUCAAGACUCGUGUCAGCGAAAUUGCAAAAGAAAGCUCCAACUCCGCCGGCGUGGAGCAGAUCCAGCUACACGCCGUCGACCCCAACACCAAGAUCCACAUCGUCAUCCCUCCAGAGAACAGUGAUGACCCAGAGGCGAUUGCAUCGCGCAAGAUCUUUGAGUCCUUCUCGCCGGCAAUGCGCAAGGCAUUGGAAUCCGAAUCAUUGGAUGAGGUCAACAAAGUCUUGGGUGAAUUGAGCGUCCCCGAAGCAGAGGAUGUCGUGGAGAAGCUGUCCGAGGGCAACAUCCUAAGCAUCGAGGAAGGUCUCGUCGACACGACUACAGAAGAAGGAAAGAAAAAGCUGGAGCAGCUAGAAGCUGAGGGUAAGAAGGGAACGGAGACAAUCGUGGAGGAAAUUGGAGAGCCAGGAGGGGAAGUGACUGAGCUGGACUGA